GAAGUCGACCAACUGUGCGGUAGUAGCUUCUGUACUUCGCUGCCAGGCGCACGAGGCUCCGGCAGCAUUUGUCAUACCGCAGCCUGUAAGUCAAGAGAGAAAAGUUUGGUCUUGUGCUAAGAUAUACAUCGUCUGGACAAGCAGCUGCUGCUGAUAUUAUUUCGAAAACACCAAAAAUUUCUGAUUCUCCCGUGGGAGUCUGGUACGCCCUCCAGAGUGCUCCAAGGAUCAACAUAUCGGUUAUCACCGGUCAGUCAGCGUAGGGUCAGCAAGUGCUGGUCAACUCACUCCGUCAUGGACCAGAAGAGUGUAGGCCCCACCCAAGAGUUCCUGGACAGCAACCAGUAUUCCCGCCAGCAAAUACUACGCUACGAGAGAAUCUUCGGCUACACCUGGGUGUCUACGGGCGGCGAGUCUACCACCAAGGACUUUGUGAUGAAGCUUGGGUUACGUCCGGGUCAGCGGGUGCUGGACGUGGGCUGCGGGUCGGGCGGGUCGGCCUUCUUCAUGGCCAGACACUAUGGCGUCCGCGUCCACGGCGUCGACCUCUCCUCCAACAUGAUCAACUUGGCACAGGAACGCUGGGCUCGGGAGGACGCCAAACUGCGCGAGAUGGUGAAGUUCGAGGUAGCAGACAUCACUAAGGUGCAGUUCGACAACGCCAGUUACGACGUCAUCUAUUCUCGGGACACUAUCCUCCACAUUCCUGACAAGGAGAGACUCUUCAAAACCCUUCAUGCAUGGCUUAAACCCGGAGGAACCCUCUUCAUUACCGACUACUGCCGGGGUGACCGCCAGCACUCACAGGAGUUUCUUGACUACGUCAAACAAAGAGGUUAUGACCUCCGGACAGUGCGAGAGUACGGCCAGGUGCUGCGAGAGGCUGGCUUCAUCCAUGUACAGGCUGAAGACCUCACCCAGACCUUCAUCUCCAUCCUUACUACUGAGCUCAAGUAUUUUGAGCCUACUAGGGAGGCCUUUAUCCAGGACUUUAACGAAGGCGACUACAACGACAUUGUCAGUGGCUGGAAGAGAAAGCUGGUCCGUUGCAAUGCCGGAGACCAAGCCUGGGGCAUGUUCCUGGCCAAGAAGUAAACUCUGGGCACCUCUCAUUACAACGACUACGACCACAUGAUCUACGCUUGCGAUCCCACAAUGAUAUGCUUACAACUCAUUCCUACUGCUCCUACGAUCAAUACUUGAACUCUUAAACUUAGCAACUCUCCUCUCAUGUCCUUGUGAAUCUCUGAGAUACCACUGCCAGGACACUUCAUACCCUACAAGCAUGUUUCGGUAGUGGGAGCAAGAUGUCAUUGGUGAAGUUAUGAUUCAACUUAUUCCGCAUGUGACUUAGGCCAAGACGUUGGAUAAUUAACCUGUCUUCUAAGAGUUGUCACAGCAUUAUAAAAAUGAUGUGCUAAAUAGCCUGAACCUAACCUACCGAGAACAGACGGAAAAAAAAAUUGACAGUGUCAAUUUUCCGAGCCACUCUGAUUUUUGGUACAUAUUUUGGCGAUUGGAAUUUAAGACAUCAAACUGCGAUGUACCAUACUAUUCGAGAGGACAGGUUGACGACCAACGAUGAUAUAUUAACAUGGAACUGGGUGCACAGAGUGUGUGGAUAUUAAAAGUACUUAUGUCAUUGUUACAAGUAAGAAGAUAACACCAUGCUCCCCCAGUGCGGAAAGAUGGGGUGGAGCAAAAGGUGCAAUUGUAACGACCGAAGUUGGAGUCACAACAGGUGACAAGGUAGUUACCUGUGGGGACUUCGGGGUGGGGAAGGGGGUUGACCCCAAGGAAAUGACUGGGAAAUGGAGAGAAUCAGCAGGGUUAAAAAAAGAUCAAGUUGGGUCUGGACCCACCAAAGUGGGAGCAACAGAGCCUGAUGUUCCAUCCAAGUCCUACUCAAGAGGUCCGAUUGCCUGCCCCUACAAGCCUGAGGAAAAAGUUUGUUUACCAUAUGCAUUCUGUUGAUUAAGAUUAGGACACUGGAAUAAAGGAUACCACCUACCAGGGCAGCGAGGGAGGGCGCGCUCUGGCUGGUCCAAGAAAGGGUACAUCAUCCCAAGCAGUGCUCCCCUUCUCCACCAGGAGAGUCCUACUGUAUUGAACAUUCUCCAACACUGGUCCACAGACCUUUCUUCCUCUUGUCCCAGCCUGGACACUCAAACCUACUCGAGAACGGCCCCUUCGGUGGGUUGUGUGAUUUGAAUGUGCACCUUACGUGGUUUCUUCGCACAAAGCUGGGAAGACUCGUGAACCUUAUGUAGUGAAAUUCCUGUAUCAGGUGCUUGUUGAGAUGGGACAUGGGAAAUAAUUUUAAGAUUAUACAGAAAGAUAACUGGAGAGACAAAUCAGGAUACUUUGCCUAAAGUACAAAAUACCUGUGGUUACAGAGAAAUUAGGAACCUUUACUAGUUUAUUUUUUCAAGAAUGUUCUCAUAGAAAAAUUAAUAAACAUUUCCAAACAAGGAUACAAACACAUCCAAUGAUUUACUGAUAUACAGUUUCUCAUAUAUUUCUUAUGCCUUUUUUAUAUACAGUACAUUUACAUCAUUUGUUAAAUUUUAUGCUACAAGAAUAUGCUUUACACUUCAUAUAUAUAUUUGUUCAUCAUAGAAUGUUAAUUUUGUUAUUUACAUUUGAGCAUAAAUUGGAAUUUUUUAAAAGAAUGGUCCACUUUAUAUAUAAAUAAUGCAUACAGUACCUUCAAACCUGCAGCUUCAAUAUUCCAUUUCAAUUUCAUCUUUGAAACCUUGAGAUUCCCAUCACAUACAAAAGGAAAUGUGUCAAAUCCUACACGCUUCUUCUACUAGAAGAAAUGUUAGCUUUAGAAAGCUUACAUCUUUGAAUCUUAACAAUUAUUUUAAAUUGCCGCAUCCUAGAAUACAUUGACAAAUUUUUUACAUCGGCUUUUUCAGUGCAGCUUUGCUAACUUCUCAAUACAGUACUGUUUAUAAAUAAAAUAACUUGCUAAUAAAAUAUACCUUACAUGGGGAAAUAGCGAUGUUGACAUGUUUAAAUGAUACUAUGAUGGUUCAUUACAGCACAUAACUUCCUCUCAAUAUAUAUUCUAAUAUUAGGCAAUUGGCAGAUAAUGGAAGCAUCUAUUGUUACAAAAAUAAAAUGCAAACAGGUUGAAGGUAAGAAAUGAUCCCUUCUAGGUGACAGUGGUCUCUUAGGCCACAUUACUAAGGUUGUCACAGUGUCGUUCUGGAGUUCUAUCUACAAAUAGAUUACAGUAUAGUAAUUAUAAACUAUUUAAACACCAACUCAAGUUAAUACAAAUUA